UGGAAAACAGAUUUCAAGUCAUAAAAUCAGCUAGGAGCUGGCCGAGGCAGGGAGAGCUCUCUGCUCAGAGAAGGAGCUGGGGUCUUCUUCCACCCUGUCUUCUCCUCCUGACUGCAUGGCCUCGGGAGGUAGGAUGCAGGAGUUGCGUCUGCUGUGCUGGGUGGUCCUCGUGGGCCUGGUGCAAGCCUGUCCCGAGCCCUGCGACUGUGGGGAGAAGUAUGGCUUCCAGAUCGCUGACUGUGCCUACCGUGACCUGGAGGCCGUGCCACCCGGCUUCCCCGCCAACGUGACCACGUUGAGCCUAUCGGCCAACCGGCUGCCGAGCUUACCAGAGGGCGCCUUCAGGGAGGUGCUCCUGCUGCAGUCGCUGUGGCUGGCACACAACGAGAUCCGCACGGUGGCCGCCGGCGCCCUGGCCCCACUGGGCCAACUCAAGAGCCUGGACCUCAGCCACAACCUCAUCUCUGACUUUGCCUGGAGCGACCUGCACAACCUCAGCGCCCUCCAGUUGCUCAAGAUGGACAGCAACGAGCUGACCUUCAUCCCCCGCGACGCCUUCCGCAGCCUUCGUGCCCUGCGCUCCCUGCAGCUCAAUCACAACCGCCUGCACACGCUGGUGGAGGGCACCUUCGCACCGCUCACCGCACUGUCCCACCUGCAGAUCAACGAUAACCCCUUUGACUGUACCUGCGGCAUCGUGUGGUUCAAGACGUGGGCCCUGACCACUGCUGUGUCCAUCCCGGAGCAGGAUAACAUCACCUGCACUUCGCCCCACGUGCUCAAGGGCACACGGCUGAACCGCCUGCUGCCGCUGCCUUGCUCCGCACCCUCGGUUCAGCUCACCUACCAGCCCAGCCAGGAUGGUGCCGAGCUGCGGCCUGGCUUCGUGCUGGCGCUCCACUGCGAUGUGGACGGGCAGCCGGCCCCCCAGCUUCACUGGCACAUCCAGACGCCUGGUGGCACCGUGGAGAUCGCCAGCCCCAACGUGGGUGCCGAUGGGCGUGCGCUGCCUGGUGCCCUGACAGCCGGCAACCGGCUGCGCUUCCAGGCCUUUGCCAAUGGCAGCCUGCUCAUCCCUGACUUUGGCAAGCUGGAGGAGGGCACCUACAGCUGCCUGGCCACCAACGAGCUGGGCAGUGCAGAGAGCUCGGUGAAUGUGGCACUGGCUACACCAGGCGAGGGUGGUGAGGAUGCACUGGGGCGCAGGUUCCAUGGCAAAGCGGCUGAGGGUAAGGGCUGCUACACGGUUGACAACGAGGUGCAGCCAUCGGGUCCUGAGGACAACGUUGUCAUCAUCUACCUCAGCCGCACUGGGGGCCCCGAGGCUGCAGCCGCAGGAGAAGGCAUCUCUGGGCGGCAGCCCCUAGGCCCGCUCCUGCUGGGCCAGAGCCUCCUCCUCCUCUUCCUCACUUCCUUCUAGCCCCACCCCACCAGGGCGGGGCUGGGGCGGCACAAAUCCUCCUCACUCCUCCCCCUAACUCUGAGGCCGUCCCUUAUAAGGGAUGUAGGGGCCUGGGGUUGGCAACUGCUGAGGCCUGCAUGGAGGACUUCCCAUCCGCCUACCUCCCCCUCUCAUCCCUUCUGGAACACUCACCACCCCGACUUCUAGACUUGCUCAAAGCUAGUGACUAGGACAGAAUUUGAUCCCAUAACUCACCGUCUACGGUGCUAAUUGCUGCUAACCACGUGGCCCGUGCUCCCCUCUCAGGGCGGCAUGCUGACUGGGCGUUGCCCUGAACACCUGGGGGAAUCCUCACUGGUGGAAUUCCAGGCACUGGAACUGACAAGCUGGCGAAGGCUUGGGGUCGGGAGUCGGGGCUUGGGGCUCGGUAGGGAGGUACCCUGAAGCAGGCAGGGCACGGGAGAAACAAUAGGAUGCAGAGGAAGUGGCUGGUGUGGCUCUGAGGCUCUAGGUGACCUGGUUGAGCUCCUGCUGACCGUAGGUGUUUUCUGACUUGGGGGCUUGAGAGUCUCCGCCCUCAUCUCAAAUAGGACUGGAGGGAGGAUCCAGGAUGGCCUUCAUCUCCUCUCACCCUUCCUCCCUCAGCCUGUGCUCCUCCAUCCUGGACACCUGCCCUGCCUUUCUCUCCAGGUCUGCAGCCACAGCCUGCCCCUCCGGAGAGGCCAGCCAGCCUGGGGGCGGCAGAGAAAUAAACAGCAUUUCUGAUGC